CAUAUUUUUUUCGCGUAGGGUCCCUACCUGACUUUCGCCGAUCGCUUUUACAUGUGCGAACCACCCAAGUAUCCGUGGCUAGUAAAUCUGCGAGCGAGUCACUUUAACCCAUAUAAACCGAAAGAACUACAACUGCUGACUGGCAACGUGACAGGUGUAAAUGUUACUGUGGAUGACGGCUUCUGGAUAAAAUUAAUGUUAGCCCUUCGGUCAAAUAACCAAUGGAAGGAUAACUACCUUGUCUUCACCUUAAACGACAAGGCAUGCACGAAUUUUAAAGUGCAUAUGCCUGGACUUUACAAGAUUCUUUUCGGUCCGAAUCUUAAUCUCAAAGAGGAGUGCCUACUCAAACCUGGAACUUACAAUGUGAAUAACACUCCAAUCGACUGGACUUUUCCAAAAUUUCCAGUCAUGCCUUACGGCCGCUUUAAGGUGAAACUGACGAUGGGUAAGGCUGAACAACUAGCAACAUGCCUUUUCAUAGAACUGAGGCAUAUGCCCAAGUUGGAGUAGUGACAAGGCACUCUACAACCCUGAAAAAAAGCAGUAAAUUUUUAUCCAAAUACAAUGUUGCACUCGACAGC